AUGAUUACCACACGUAAUGCCCGCGUGGUAGUGUCUGUGGCGACCAUCCUUUUGGUUGUCGUAUUCCUUGUGUCGUCGCUGACCAGGAUAGGAGAUGGUGUGAAAAAGGCUGCCUCAGAAGUUUCUUUUGGAGAGGAAGAAAACACGUUAAAGGGAACGCCUUAUCAAGGAUCUGGACCUCCGUACGCCCAAGAAGACAAAAGCAAGAAGCCCAAAGUCAUUGCAGACAAGGUAGGUGGAAGCGAGUUGGAAAAGUCCCCAGGAAAGGUGGCAAAACCCGAAGUUGGUAAACCUGAUGCUGGUAAACCAGAACUCGUAAAUCAGCCAGGUAAGGGUUCUGGAUCAGGAUCAGGAUCAGGAUCAGGAUCUGGCUCAGGAUCUGGUGCUGGUGCCUGUGGAGAAGAGUAUGUGGUGAUGAUCGACGCUGGGUCUACAGGACUGCGUGUGCAUAUAUACCUGUUUGACACGUGUGUGUCACCACCUCGUCUUCUCAACGAAGACUUCGACAUGCUCAAACCAGGACUUUCUAGCUUUGAUACCGAGACUGUGAACGCUGCAAAGUCGCUUGAUCCAUUGCUCAAAUUGGCAGUUGAAAAAGUUCCAAAAGAUAAGCAAAGUUGUACACCAGUAGCUGUUAAGGCGACUGCUGGACUUCGUUUAUUGGGAGCGGAAAAAUCCACCGCCAUUUUGAACGAAGUUCGUAGACACCUUGAGGAGGAUUAUCCGUUUGCUGUUGUGGAAGGAGACGGUGUUUCCAUCAUGGAUGGUAAGGAUGAAGGAGUCUAUGCUUGGAUCUCCACCAAUUUCUUGUUGGGCAGAAUCGGAGGAAAGGAAAAGCAGGAUACCGCUGCCGUGUUGGAAUUGGGCGGUGGCCUGGCACAAAUUGUGUUUGAACCCGAGUUCGGCGACAACGAAAAAAUGGUGGAAGGUGAACAGAAAUACGACUUGGAAUUUGGGGGUCAUCAUUUCACCUUGUACCAAUUCUCGCAUCUCGGGUAUGGACUCAUGGAAGGACGUAACAAGGUCAAUGCCUUGGUGGUCAAUGCUGCUCUCGCAAACAAUAAGGAACUUCAAAAUUCCAAAUUGUCAUCCAAGGCUCAAACCAAGGAUGCAAAGGCAUCUGUCACAUUAACCAACCCAUGUAUUCCUCCCAAAAUGCAAGCCGAUAACGUGGUAGUUCCUGUUGGAGAAGAAGAGUUCUACGUGGUGAAUAUGAAGGGCCCAUCAAAACCUCAGGGUGCUCAAUGCCGUUUCCUUGCCGAGAGUGCACUUAAUAAAGAUGCCCAAUGUGACACCAAACCGUGCUCAUUCAAUGGAGUUUACCAGCCGUCGUUGGUCAAGACAUUGCGCAAAACCAGUGACAUGUAUGUUUUCUCGUACUUUUACGAAAAAACGGUUCCUCUCGGAUUUCCUCAUUCGUUCACUGUGGAGGAAUUGACCGACCUUGCCAAGACGGUUUGUACUGGAGACCCAUUGUGGACAGAAGCAUUGGCGCCAGGACCCGUGGGAGAACUCACAAAAGAGCCACAGUGGUGCUUGGACAUUUCGUUCAUUACCGCAUUGUUGCAUACUGGCUAUGACAUCCCAUUGUACCGAGAAUUGCGAACCGCGGAAAAAAUCGACAAUAACGAAAUUGGAUGGUGCCUUGGUGCAUCGUUGCCGUUGUUGGACAAGGCAUCUGGAAAAUGGACCUGUCGGAUCAAACAGGCGUAA